GCAAUGGGGGGCAACAAGAACAGGAAGAAGAGGAGGAGAGAAGAACGACCCACAAUCCACCCCAAAAACAAAUACUCCGAAAACCCACCAGACUUCUCUCUCUUAGCUUCUCUCUACCCUUCUUUCCACACCUUCGUCUUCUACUCCUCCGACGGCCGCCCCAGAAUCGAUUGGACCGACUUCAAUGCCACUCGCGAACUCACUCGCGUCUUGCUCCUCCACGACCACUCUCUCAAUUGGUGGAUUCCUGAUGGGCAGCUAUGCCCUACAGUGCCAAAUAGAUCCAAUUACAUCCAUUGGAUUGAAGAUCUUUUGUUGUCUAAUAUCAUUCCAAAGACUGAAAUUAACCGAGAUAAGGUGCGGGGUUUCGAUAUAGGAACCGGGGCAAACUGCAUUUACCCUCUUCUUGGUGCAUCUCUUCUGGGGUGGAGUUUUGUUGGAUCAGAUGUGACUGAUGUAGCACUGGAGUGGGCGGAAAGAAAUGUUAAAGAUAAUCCGCAUAUUUCAGAAUUAAUUGAAAUUAGAAGAGUUGAGAGUGGUGAAAAUACCCUUUCUGUGGAAGAUUCACAAAAUGGCAGAUCAAGUGGUAGUGAGAGCAAGAUACAAUUUACGGACAACGACACGAGAUAUUGUGGCCUGCCUAUCCUUGUUGGUGUGGUAAGGGAUGGCGAAAAGUUCGACUUUUGCAUGUGUAAUCCCCCAUUCUUUGAAACCAUGGAUGAAGCAGGACUGAACCCAAAAACUUCCUGUGGUGGGACUCCAGAAGAAAUGGUUUGUCCUGGUGGAGAAAGGGCUUUUAUAACUCGCAUCAUUGAAGAUAGCUCUGUAUUGAAGCAAACUUUCCGGUGGUACACGACAAUGGUUGGGAGAAAAUCAAACCUCAAAUUCCUAAUAUCAAAGCUCCGGGAGGUUGGAGUUUCGAUAGUAAAGACUACAGAAUUUUUCCAAGGCCAGACGUGUCGUUGGGGCUUGGCUUGGUCUUUUGUGCCUCCUGUUAAGAAGAUAAUAUCACUGCAUGUGGCUGGGAAACGUAACCUGUCUUUCAUGUUUGAGGGUCUUCAGCGACAAUACAGUGCCGUAGAUGUGCUGCAAUCGAUCGAGUCUUUCUUCUGUCAUAACGGCGCAUUGUGUAACUUGAAUGCCUCCUCAUUUACAAUUGAUAUCUCUGCUUCACAUGAUCAUUGUAAAGCAAUCCUGAAGAACGGGGAACAUCGUGAUAUUUUUGCUGAUUGUGAAGACGCAAAGGAUACAUCCCAAAGCACAAGUUGCUUGGGCCUACCUAUAAAUAACCUAUGUUUUCGAAUUUCGGUCUUUCAGCAAGCCCCUGGCACACUUCUGGUGAAAGGCUCACCAAAGCAUGGAGAUUCUCAAGCUUCAGGGACCGUUUCAUUGAUAUUGCAACGAUUGGAGGAAGUUUUGAAACUUAAAUUUUGUAGAGAAAAGUCCACUGUGAAUCUUUCUUAGUAGAAUUUACUGGCUUUUAAUUUGUUUUCUUCAGCUGGCUCAAAACAGAGACAGCUUCUGGAGGAUUGGACAGUAAUGCUCCUAAUUUGAUU